GGAGGGAGAGGCGGGGAGGUCAGCCGGAAGUGGCGGCCGCGAGGGGAAGGAUGCCGCUGCCCGUUCAGGUUUUUAACUUGCAGGGUGCAGUAGAGCCCAUGCAGAUUGACGUAGAUCCACAAGAAGAUCAGCAAAAUGCACCUGAUAUCAACUAUGUGGUGGAGAACCCCACUCUGGAUUUGGAGCAGUAUGCGUCCAGCUACAGUGGUCUGAUGCGAAUUGAGCGGCUGCAAUUUAUUGCUGAUCACUGCCCACAGCUGCGGGUGGAAGCUCUCAAGAUGGCACUGUCAUUUGUCCAGAGAACUUUCAAUGUUGAUGUGUACGAAGAAAUUCACAGAAAGUUGUCUGAGGCCACCAGAGAACUGCAGAAUACACCUGAUGCUGUCCCUGAUAGUGGAAUUGAACCCCCUCCUCUUGACACAGCUUGGGUUGAAGCUACACGCAAAAAAGCUCUUCUUAAACUGGAGAAACUCGACACAGAUCUGAAAAAUUACAAAGGGAACUCCAUCAAGGAGAGUAUCAGGAGAGGCCACGAUGACUUAGGUGAUCAUUACCUUGACUGUGGGGACCUCAGCAACGCUCUCAAGUGUUACUCUCGAGCCCGUGAUUACUGCACCAGUGCUAAACAUGUUAUCAACAUGUGUCUCAAUGUCAUCAAGGUCAGUGUCUACCUCCAGAAUUGGUCUCAUGUUCUGAGCUAUGUAAGCAAGGCUGAGUCUACACCAGAAAUUGCAGAACAAAGAGGAGAAAGAGACAGCCAGACACAAGCAAUUCUCACCAAACUGAAAUGUGCAGCAGGCUUGGCCGAACUAGCUGCUCGGAAGUACAAACAGGCAGCAAAGUGCUUCUUGUUGGCAUCGUUUGAUCACUGUGAUUUCCCUGAGCUGUUAUCUCCUAGCAAUGUGGCUGUAUAUGGUGGUCUCUGUGCCCUUGCUACCUUUGACCGUCAGGAACUGCAGCGAAAUGUUAUCUCCAGCAGCUCCUUCAAAUUGUUUUUGGAACUGGAGCCACAGGUUCGUGACAUCAUCUUCAAGUUUUAUGAAUCUAAAUAUGCUUCAUGCCUGAAGAUGCUGGAUGAGAUGAAGGACAACCUGCUGCUGGAUAUGUACCUUGCACCUCAUGUCAGGACACUUUAUACUCAGAUUCGAAAUCGUGCCCUUAUCCAGUACUUCAGCCCCUAUGUGUCGGCAGAUAUGCGCAAGAUGGCCACUGCUUUUAAUACCACAGUGGCUGCUCUGGAAGAUGAACUUACUCAGCUGAUCCUGGAGGGACUGAUCAAUGCCAGAAUAGACUCACACAGUAAGAUUCUUUAUGCUCGAGAUGUAGAUCAGCGCAGCACAACUUUUGAGAAGUCUUUACUAAUGGGCAAAGAGUUUCAGCGACGUGCCAAAGCUAUGAUCCUGCGAGCUGCAGUCCUGCGCAACCAGAUACAUGUGAAGUCUCCUCCGAGAGAAGGUAGCCAAGGGGAGCUUACUCCAGCUAACAGCCAGUCCAGGAUGAGCACCAACAUGUGAAAAACUUCGUGCACUACCAAAAGAAACGGUCCCUCCAGGACUGUAGCCAGUGUCUCACCCGCUAACUGCUGAGCUUCACAAACUGUCCCUGUCUCCCUCACUUCUUGCUCGGAUUGAGAGGGUCAGGGCUGAUGGUGGAAAAUAUGAAUAUUCCAAUAACUUAAAUUCUCCUUGAAAAGAAAUUCUUUCUAAAAACAGCAUCCCUGCAAUGGGUCAUCAUUUCAGUUUUGGUAGAACAUCUUUCUCCAUUCUCCUUCUUCCACCACUCCAUAAAGAGCUGUCAGGUUAUUCAUACAGAUGCUGAUUUGAGAGGUUUUUCAGCUGCUAUUAGUUUUCUUGUUUCAAAGCUGCAAAAAUAGUUAGUGUUAAGUUGAAUGGACAGGCGUGAUCAAGUUGAAUUUCGCUGGCCUGAAAGUAUUGCCUUGAUUCUGAGCAAUGCUGAGCUUUCUGUUUGUUCCAGAUAAACUUAGAAAUGCAUUGCUCUCAAUUGUGGAGCUAGAGUUCUGAUGGGAGAGGAGAUUUCCUUUGAUAAACUCUUACUAAUUUUUCACCUACACAAGAAAACAUGGCACUGCUUCCAUGCAUUCAGUCACAGGCCUUUAUUUUAGGGUGUUAUGUUUACUUGGAUCCAGGUUCUUUCUCUCUGGUCUCUGUUUUCAAAGACCUGUUUCCUGAUGUGUUUCCCAUUUGUGCAUGACCUGGCUUUGGGGUCCAGUGUUACCAUAGCAGUAAACCUCUAAUUCAUGCAAAUACUGCUGCUUGUCCAGUCUUACAGCCAUAGUGUGUGAUGGUUUCCCAACAUGUGCAACAGUUGCUUCUGGUAGCAGGGAUAAAUGCCAUAAAAUACCACUCGAGUCCUGUGGAAGAGCUGAAAGCCACCAGUCUAGGUGCCCGCUCUCCAGUUGCAUUUAUUCUGCUUUUCCUUUUAUAAAGGGAUUAAAGGUGGCAGCCCAGGUAUAUGCGUGUUCUGUGUUAAUGAAAGGAGAUAUGCACUGAAUUUUCUGAAGUCACUGCAGCCUUGCAUUCAUCUGAUCCAUAAGGCAAGCUAAGAAUUUUGAUCCAGCCCUGACUGGUCUGGCAACUGACUACAGAUGUUACUGUUAAUGUGUUAAUGCCUUUUUUUUUUUUUUUUAAUUUUAAUAAGUUGUUAUAUCUAGUGCAUUAAACAGCAGGAUUAAAAAGCUUCUGAGUAUUUGGAGUUUUGUGUUAAAGUUGGGGUUUAGGUAUUUUGAUCUCCUGCCAUUGAUUUUUUGCUAAGCUUGAUGAUGUUUUUGUAGGCCAUUGUAUUUUGCUUUCUGAUCUGGUUGGAGAUGUAGCUUGGACGAACUGUGAAGAAAGUGCAAUUUGAGGGAACGUUCUAACAGCAAAAUUCCUGGACUGCAUUUGCACAGCUGCUAAAUUGUAACAGUGCUCUCUCCCUCUGGCGUUCUGUGCUUUUUAUGACUUAGGUGCUGAAAAUGGGAGCAGUAGUUCCUGUGAGGUCUCCUGUGAGGUCUUUGGUUAAAUGUCUUUCAUUUGGCAUGGAAAAAUUCUCCCAUUUUUGAGGGGAGAAGGGAGAGAGCUAGUUAAUCAAGAACUUUGAGUCAGGCAUCACUGAUAGCCAGUUUAGUGAGAAAGGCAAGUUGAGUCCUCGGGUAAAUUGCUGUACAUCUUUGUAGAAAUGCUGGAAAAGUAAUUUAUUUUAAUGCCUUCUGCUCAUGCUGAAGGAAAGUCAUUCAGUCCUAUAAUACUACUUAAACAUUCUUGCUUUCUUCCUAAAAUGGGCCACUGAUACCAUUUCUAAGGAAAAGAUCUUAUGCUCUGCUCUUGAAAAGAUGGUCUUGCAACCCAAUUAAGUGCAUCAUGUCAGCUGGCUAUCUUUGCUUAUGCCACGCUUCCACUCUCUUGAUUUUAUUAGAUUACUUCUGUUCCUUGCUGGAGGCUGUCCGCUGGAGGAAUCCUCAAUUGUAAAAUGGAUGUCUUCAGCAUGCUGACUUGAGAGUCUCUGCUCUUCUGGAUGCUAGGGCUUGUCCGCUCUUGGGAAGUGGCUGGAAGCGCGUAUCCUUUAGCAAUCGGCGUGGAGCCCACGAGGUGGCAACAGCAGUUUCCAGCUCUUGCUGUGGCCUGAGGCAGUUCCCUAGCUGGGGCAGAGGUGAUCAGUAUCUUCUCUCCGGACAAAAAUGCUUACAACCUCUUCUGAACAGAUAAAGCGUUUCUCUUUUAUUGCUUAGUUCAUUGACACUGUUCAAGCAUAGUAUAUGCUUUUGUAUAGAAUUAUUGGCAUGUAACUCCUUUAGCCUGAGAAAGAAGAUGCUGUUGCUUUAGGAUUUGUAGAUGUGAGUCAGGGCUGUCCAGGUAUAUUUCUUCUAGACAUUGUUCAAUGCCUGCUUCAGUCCUAACUACCUGCCAGUCCAAAAAUCAGAAAAUAUAACAUAGCACAGAUAUAGUUCUGUAUAACUUGCAUUCAGAAGCAGUUUCCCACAAUGAAAGAUUAUUCUUACUGUAAAUUUCUAAGUAAUUUCCCAAGUAAUAAAUGAGAAAAUAGUGACUCACAUAAAAUGAAUUUCCAGUGAUUCCCUGUGACCACUGAGGUAUUUCAGAGGAUUAAGUUUUGUGGGAUCUGUAGCAUGUUGGUAUAUCUAGGAUAUGUUCAGAGAAACUUACUUAAGUGCAGUACCUUUUUGUUGAUGAGGAGGGAGGUGCCAGUGGUAGGCCAUAAUUGAUAGUGUCCUCAUGCAGUGUAAAUCCUGCUUUCUCUACCUAACCUAGCUAGGGAUAAAGAAAAAACAGUUGGAAAGAACCUUCUUUUGGUUCUUUUGGUGAAGGCAGUUUUAAUUAGCACAACUAAUUUUAGUGGUAAUGUAGAAACUGCCGUUAUGAGAUUUGUUUUGGGGAUGAUUGGUAAUUACCUGGCCAGAACUUGUCCAGCAUAAUGGUCUGUGUUGCUAAGAUUUGUAGAGGGAGGUCUAUAAGAGGGGAGAUUAUAUUACCACUUGGACUGUGGCUGGGUGCAGCAUCAUCUGUAAGCUGCUGUUGUCUGAGACACGUCAGUAGAUGAGGGAGAAAGUAAUAGAGUUCCGUCUUUGCCCCAUGCCAUGCAUGUAUGAUCUGUACAUUGGUUUCUGGGACUCUGUCAUAACUCUCUCAGUAUUACUUCGUAACCUGGUUGAAAUUUCAGCAUUUUUACAGCCUCUGGACAGCUCCCAAAACUGACGCUGAAUAACAUGUUAUUUCUGAUACAUGCAAUGUAAUAUAAACUUUCAGAAAAACAAAUGAAGAAACUUUAAUAAUAGCAACAAUGCUUCUGAUAAAGAUCCAUCAUGCAUAGGUACAAAGUGCUGGUCAAGCAUUUAUUUAUUUAUUUAUUUUCUUAAGAGUAAAGUCUUAGCCAACUUAAUUUGGCUAUUUGACGUUCUUAUGCCAUCUCCUUCAUUACUUUUAUAUGAAGCAGAUGAUAAUGGGGGAGCAGUGUGCUCCACAGGACAGUGCUCUUAGUAUUUUCUUGUGCCACCCUCUUGUGACUAAUACAAGUUAGCAUUUCAUGUUAUCAGUAGUCCCAUCAGAACACGCUGUAGGGUGAAAAAUACCAAACUGGUAUGGAAUAGACUUCCGCUUAUCUCUGAUGCUGUUAGGGAGUAGGGGAUGAAUUACUCUCUGCUUUGCAAAUGAGCUUUGUACUUCAGCUGAUACUAUUUUGGCUUCUGCGUUCCUAUGGAUCUGUGAAUUCCAUUCAGUGUUUCAUAGGGUCUGAUAGAACAACCUAGCUUUAGAUUAUCUCAUAGGGUAACUUGAUCACGCUAAAUUAAUUAGAUAGGGAACAGAAACUGGCUAGUUAAAUUCGGUAGUUAGAAGUUUGGUAAAUUAAUAAUACAUAUAAGACAGUUUCUUGACAGCAAAGACAUAAUUCAAGCUUAGGUUUCAGUAGACUUAUUAGAAGCUAGACUGAAGGGUGGCAGCAUUAGCAAGAGAUGGUCUAAUUUGAACAAGAAUUCAACUGGCAAGACCUGAAAAUCUGUCUUAUGUGGUAGAUCAGGCUAGGUAAUCUUCUUGUCCUUCAUCCCACAGAUAUCACUGUUUCAGUUCUCUAAUAUUUCUGCAGAUAUAGCUUUGACUGUUAUUCUCCGUGUGCCUGUAGUUUAUGUAACUGUGAAGUCUAUGUGUACAUGAAGUUUGUACCCUGUAAAUAUGUGCUGAGAUCCAGGGUUUUCAAUCUUUGUUUUGAUGUACUACUUUUUGUCUGUGGUUUUGGGUUUGUUUUUUUUUUUUUUUAAUUCUCUGAUAUCUCGUCUCAUAAGCUGUUUGCCAAAUAAAGGCAGUUGGCUUUCUUUUUGUCAGGUGAA